AUGGCUUUUCCUGACUACAAGAAGCUGAAGAGGGAUAGUUCAGAGCAUGAUGCGAAAGUAGUGGCCCUGAUUGCGGUCAUCAUUGCUGGCAUUGUCAAAGUUGGCCAGGGACAGGCGACUAACUUUGAGGAUUCAUUUGAGGGGUCUUCAUUUUCAAUGGGAAAUAUUGCUUUGGCACUGUAUUCUGCUCUUUUCUCCUCCUCGGGCUGGGACACUUUCAACUAUGUCACCGAAGAGAUCAAGAGUCCUGAAAGGAACUUCUCCAUUGGCAUUUCCAUGCCCAUUGUUACUAUUAUCUACAUUUUGACCAAUGUGGCUUAUUACACGGUGCUGCGCAUGAAGGACAUUUUGGACAGCGAUGCUGUUGCUGUGACAUUUGCUGACAGAAUUUUUGGAAUAUUCAACUGGGCAAUUUCCUUGGCUGUUGCCUUAUCCUGUUUUGGAGGUCUCAAUGCCUCCAUUGUAGCUGCUUCCAGGCUUUUUUGUGUGGGCACCAGAGAAAGCCAUCUCCCUGGCAUGAUUCAUGUUGAAAGAUAUACUCCAGUGCCAUGCCUGCUCUUUAAUGGCGCCAUGGCACUAAUCUACUUGUGUGCUGAGGACAUCUACCAGCUAGUCAAUUACUAUAGCUUCAGCUACUGGUUCUUUGUGGGUUUCUCCAUUGUGGGGCAGCUCUACUUACCUUGGAAGGAACCUGACCGAAACAGGCCCCUCAAGCUCAGUUUGUUCUUCCCCAUUGUCUCCUGCCUUUGUACCAUCUUCCUGGUGGCCGUCCCUCUUUAUAGUGAUACCAUCAAUUCCCUUAUCGGCAUUGGCAUUGCCCUCUCAGGCCUGCCCUUUUACUUCUUCCUUGUCAGAGUGCCAGAGCACAAAGGGCCACACUGCCUCCGAAGAUGGGAGAUCUUUGGAAGAUGGAGAAGAGAUGCCCAAGCAGCACAACAAGUCCAACUCACCCAACAACCUGACUUCUCCCCUAAUGAUCCAAUGAGGGAGGGAAGGGAAUUUCUUUUUCUACUGGGCAGGGCCAGAGGAUAA